UCAGCGGCAGAGCUCAGCGUUCACGCCACCAUCUGCUUAGACGCCCAGGCCACGCCCUGCAGUGUACAAUUUAAAAGCCGGAGGAGAGCACUUUUCUGGAUUAUUCAGGACUGACGUUCUUAUUGUGCAUCAGACCGAAAUGAGAAAACUGCAACAAAAACGUAUUCUUCUCCUCAUUUCUUCAUUCCUCUGUGCCUUCUUCCUAUAUACAUGGAAAAAACAUCUCAUUCUUAUCAGCAGGACUGAUUCAUUCAAGUCAUUAGCUGCUCCACGGUAUUCAAUUGUGGAUUCUCAAGAACAGAGGAAGGCUAAUAUAAGAUCUGUAUGCGAGAGGAACAAUCUCAACGGCUCGUCCUUUGUGGUGCCUCGUAGUGUAGCUGCCCAGUUAUACGUGGAACACAGCCAUAAAUUUAUAUAUUGUGAGGUGCCCAAGGUAGGCUGCUCAAACUGGAAAAGAAUCAUUCUAUUACUGAACAAAUCUCUUGAUCUCUCUGCAGAUGAGCUUCAACAUUUCCAGGUACAUAAGUCAAAACAACUCAUCAAGUUGAGCUCAUAUCCUCCCUCCCUUCAGAAACAACUUCUAGCAAAUUAUACUAAAGUGAUGUUUACUCGAGAUCCCCUAGAGCGAGUUGUUUCUGCCUACAGAGACAAGUUUCUUCAUUAUGAUGAUGUUUACUACAGUACCAACAUUUCAAAUCUGAUCAAAAAUACACUUGGCAUCCAUUCCAAGGCAAGCCUUACUUUUGAUCAAUUUGCCUGCUUUAUCGUUCAGGAAAAUCCAUCCUAUAGAGACACUCACUGGAAGCCUAUGAAUGAGCUGUGUGAUCCGUGCAAAAUCCAAUAUGAUAUUAUCGGCAAGUUUGAAACCUUAGCAGAGGAUGCAAAUCUUGUUUUACGAACCAUAGGGGCCUCCCAAAAUUUGAAAUACCCCACAAUUAAACAUCAUUCUAGUGAGUCCCGUACAAGUGAAGACAUAAGCAAACAUUACCUGGAAAUGCUUCCUCCAGUUCUAUUUAGGAAACUUAUGAAGAUCUACGGACUUGACUUCUCCAUGUUUGAAUAUAGUUUUUAUAAAAGUGAAUUUUCUAAAAUCCCUAAAACAACUUACAUCUAUUAAUGGCAUCGCUCGUAGAUGUUUCUAGACUACUUUUUGAUCAUUUUUAAAACCUUGGUGGGACAUAGUGAAACCUAGAUCACAGUGGCCAACACAUCAAAAAGUUCUGUAUGUUGCCAGCCCCAUUGACUGUAAUGGGUUCCGGCAGAAAUGUGUCCGGCUGAAUCCCAGUAUAUUUGCCAGGCACCAGCCAGAUCUCCCACGGACCCAUUAUAGUCAAUGGGGCAGAUAGGCAUUCUGGUAACAUCUGCCAAUGCUGGAGCUGGUUCUCUGCUGUAACAGCCUGCCUGAACUCCUGCCACAA